AUGGACCCCUUCUAUACCGAGAAAGCAUCGGGGUAUGAGUCCAUUCGGCAUGAGACCCUGUCCAUGUCGCGGUCAAUGCGAAACGUCAACCAACAUGAGCCCAGUCCGGGCGCUGAAAUCGAGGGCAAGAUGCGCAACCCCCAGCGUCGUCGAGUGCCAGUGGCUGUCAACUCCCGUGACAUGGGCAUCGACUUGAAUUGUCCAAACUGGACCUAUACACACAUGGGAACGACGAUUGUGCCUACCUCCCGAUUUGGUGCAUACACCUCGGCCACUCCAGGCAAGCCAACUACCUUUCCAGUGACUUCACCUUCAGCCCGUAUGCCCGCUUUUCAGCGCACCUCAGACUUCGACCUUGGUAGCCCGGAUGGGUCUGCUUUCCCAGACCGGCCUGCGCCAAGUGUUGAUUCGAUCCAUUACGAGGAUGGACCAUCUGCCCAUUAUAGCCAGUCGCCUGCAUAUAUGCUUCCAAACGCUCCUUCUGCAGGUCUCGUUGACUACAGCGCAACCCCAUGGAGCCCGAAGCUAUGGGGCUCUAUACUCGGCGGGAACAGAUCGACCAAUGGAGUCUAUCCUGAUUCUGAAGUGACAAACGGCUCCCUGCACCAGCCACCGUUUCCUUACAUGCUUCCAAGCCAUGGAGUUCCAUCAACCGAAGUUCCUCAAACGACACCUACGGCUAUGGCCACUGGCUCGUGUGCAGACUGUGCCGGGUCAAGCCGUACCCUUCCAACUCCAACUUCUCGCAGCCAGCAGCCUCCAGUUAGCACAGCUGGAUUGAGUCUUUUGGGCGCAGAAGGGAAUUCUCAUCUUCCUCUUGUUAUGGAUCAUAAGUCUUUCUGGGCUACUCGAUAUGGUCUGCCACCCGACCAGCGCAGUACUACUGCAGACAGUAUACCCAGUAAUAUCCUUUUCAGCCACAACCCCCCUUCACCCGUGCCAAAAUGUGAGGGUACCAGUUCCAAUCCAUCCGAACUGUUAUACACAUAUCACCCUAUGCCUACCACAACUGAAAGUGCUACCACGACACUUCCUUCUUCUGUUGUGGCUGCCCCAUCCGCGGUCUCUGGUGGGAACCCAGUUUAUCCUGUGCUGGAGUCACUGGAUGAUGCGUCUGCUGAGGAUCGUAGCACCACUACUGAGCGAAGUCUUAGCAGGAGUGCUUAUCACGAGCGGUCAACUGCAGGACAACGCAUAUCCGCCCUCACGGCCGAUUGUACAGUUGACAUUUACGGCUAUGCUGGUUCGGAGAGGACCAAAUCACGCCUGGUAGAUGGAACAGACGGCCGAUGCAGCACUGGAACACUCAUGAAUGGACUGCCGUAUACUCGAGUCCCGCACGCAGAUACAUCAAGCAGCGCUUUCUCCUUCAACAAUCUGCUCCCGGAUGCUCUGCCCGAGUACCACCGCUCAGUAGUCACGAACGUGCACCGGCCCCCAGUCUCGUUGGGUAACAACGGAGCAUACUAG